ACCACUGGUAGGAGCUCUGGGAAUAGGCUCACAGAUAUUGAGCAGGUACAUUGUUCAUCUUGUUGGCCUGUCCAUUGCUAAGACAGUACCUGACGUUUACGCUGCCAACCAAGAGGAGAGACAUAUUAGCCAGGAUAUGGUGAACAUCUGUCCUCUACCUGCUAAAUUUGUCAUCAGUGGAGAAUUAUUAGGUGACUUUGUGGUGAAGUUUAUGCUUCACCUUCACCCAAUGAACAGACUCGGCUCCAAGCAGCUCAGCCAACAGGCUCUCCUCUUACUGGUGGUUAAAAUGGCCUCAGUAGUAUUUAAUGUCUUGAGGAAGAUCCCGGGUGUUUCUGUGGAUGAACAGCUGUGUGCCCCCAUCUGCAACAUGAGACAGACGGUAUUCCACAUGCAAAGUGCCUUGGUCCAUAAGUUUGGCACAACAAUCCAAAUCAAGCAUAUGGUGGCUAAUAAGGAUCCGCUAGUCAUUUCCACAAUACCCCAGGCUAUAUGUGAGGGAAUCUUGACUGUAUACAAGGGCAUCUCUGUAACUCAUCCACUUCAAGUCACUGGCCCACAUCGUCCAAUAGCCAAGAGCUAUGAAAAGGCUAUGGAGACAAAGUUGUUUGCAGUAACUUUACCCGAGGCCCUGAAAAAGACCAUCUACCAUCAUUAUGGGUCCCGGGUCGGGAAACUGCCACUUUUUCAGAAAGCAUUUCCACCUCUGACUAGCCAUGACAAGUUUGAAUACAUCCGGCAUGUUACUCCGCCUCUCUCCUCCAAAAGAGACACAAUCUGGGUCCAUCCUAAAUACUUCUUUGGGGAUGACGAUGAAGAGGAAGAGUCAUCAUAUAACAAAGUGCCUAACAACCCUCUGGCUCUAAAUGUCAGCAAGGCUGCUUUUUUAAACCAGUUUCCACUGACUGACAUAUUCCAGUCAAACACAACAGACUUCAUUGACCGUAAAACAACCCCUAGGUAUGUGCCAGUCAUGGUCAAUGUGCAAACAGGUGACUCUGUGGUGGCUAGUAGUAACCCAUUUGAUGUGGAAACACAACAGGAUGAAGCAUCAACUGGGCCUAAGCCUGACCCCAAACCAGUAAAACCCCAGAGAAAGAAUUCGGAGAAGAUCAAAUCAUACAUCAAAUCAGGACAGUAUUUGAAAGACAAACGUCUUUAUGAACAGGCCUUAUAUCGCUACAGUGGACAGGCUGUAAGAGACCAGGCUCUGAGAGAGGCAGAGAGAAACAAACCCAAGAUUAUUAUUGUUCCUCUGGUUCUAGUCUGGAACGUCUUUAAUUACGCAUUCUUGACCACGCGAUAUGUGCCGUAUGACAGUGGUCUUUGUAAUGAUAUGGUUGAUCACAUCCACAUCAAGAUUCAGAAGGAGGCACUUAAGUACAAGGACCACAGAGUGUUCAAAUCCACUCUGAAGAAUCUUGAAGAGGAUCCAUUGAUGAUGAGCACCUUUGUCUUAAACUGCUGUCAGUCAUUUGUAAUUAAAUACUGGAACAUCGUCCAGGACCAUAUACGAUCGAAAGAACAGCUGCACCCAGACAAACUGUCUCUGCUGGUUUGUGACCUCAUGGUGGGGGAGAUUAUGACUCAUCUGAGGCCUACCUUGACUUUCUCCAAAGACACUAAAGAUGGGGACAACCGGCCGUACUGCAUUAAUGUCCCGGUCAAAAGAGAUACCAGCUCUCCAGAUGAUGCAGACAAGACCAAGCUGGAGCUUCGCAUUGAGAAAGCUAGGGCUGACCAAAUGAAGGAACUUCUCGUCCCAUCGUUUGUUGACAGGAACCCAAAGACCACUCAUGGGCGGCUUGGAUGGAAAUGAUGGAGGAGUAUGAGCAGUUUCAUAAGAAGAAAUCCUGUUGGGACUGGUUCUGUGGACUGUUUGGCCGGAAGAAAAAGACCACGUUUGAAAAAAGAGUGGAAGAUUUCGAAAAAUACUGUCGCAGGAGCAAUUAGAGUCCGACACACAAACAAACCAAAUGAAUUGAUUCACACACAUUCGACUUCCUCUGACAUCAAACAUACAAACCAAAAUGAUGUAUAUACAGUAUUUACAGUUUACAGUUAUUUACAGUUCAGCCUACCUCCAAACACACACAAACUAAAUGAA